ACAUUACUAAAACUCUUCUCCUUUUUUUCAGGGUUAUAUUUUAAGUUCUAAAUAAAUAAAGUUAUUGUUAUUAAUGUGUGUAUAUAGUUUCUAACUCUCUUAUAGGUUGUUAUGCUAAUACACAUCAUAAUAAUAAGUUCAUUCUUUCAGUUCUCUUACUUUCAUUGCAACUGUCAUGUUGGCUCAUUAUUUGUACAACCUCCUAGGCAUUGUAUUGCUUGAUAAGCAUUUUAAGAUUCUCGAGAAAUACGAUAGUAAAAGAUGAACCAAACUUUAAAGUAUUGUCAAGAUUGGCAAUAAUAUGAAAAGUCUUUGAAAACAAGCUUUUCCAGAAGUUUAAAUGUUGAUUGUGUAUUUAAACUGACACAAAUAAUGUCUACUAAGAAGUAUCGAAAACUUUCAAAUAUGUGUGAAUUUGACAGAUUAGUGAGGUAUAUAAAUACAGAAAGUAGUGUUUUGAUUCCCUCGUCGCCAGCACCUAAAAUGGACGACUUACCGCCUCCACCACCACAGUUAAACACCUCUGAUAGUAGUGAUGUAUCAUUUCCAACACCACCACCACCUAUGUCACCUGACUUUCCAUCACCACCCAUGUCACCACCAGUACCAGAUGCAACACUAGAAGCUGAAUCACCCAUUGGAAGUAGUGAAAAGUUGCAUGGUAAGCUUUCUAGGACAUCAAGUGCAGGGUCUGCACUGAAUGAAGAUGAUAGUCAGUCUGAAGAAGAAGACUUGGAUUUUACAGAUGCUGAUAAAGCUAUUGAUAAAAUGUUAGAUGACUUAGAAGAUUUCCAAAUGGAGUUAGGUCCUGAUCCUAAUCAGGAUAAGAAAGAUGACUUCAAAAUGUUGAGCCCUACUCACAAACCUGCUCCACCACCAAUCAGUGAUGCAUCCCUGGAUCAUUUGAGGUUUUCGAUGGGAAAUUUUGAAGAAACCCCUGAAGUGGAUCUUGAUGCAUUAUUAGAAGAUCUCUGUUCUAUGGAGCGAGACAUCAAAAACAGCUCCACAGCAACACUUCAACGCAAGGGUUACAAUAUAUCAUCUGACCCAUCCACCAUCAGUUCUGACAGUUCACAAACCAUUAAUGAAGAUAACGGUAUGAUUGAAUUCACUCCAGUAACACCGACAAAGAAAAUAGCUUCACCUGUUAGGGUUACGCACGAUGUAAAGGAACGUUUAGAAAAUCUACAAAAUGAAAUGGAAUCAAAAGAAUUAACUCCUGAGGAACAGGAGGCGAGACUGAAAGCCGAAAAAAUGAAGAUUGCUUUAGAGAAAAUGAAGGAAGCCAGCUUUCAGAAGCUGUUCAUCAAAGUUUACAAUUCUGAAAUUAAAACCACCAAAACAAUGAUGAUUGAUCAAACAUGGACAUCUCGUGAUGUUAUGCAGAAAAUGAUUCAGAAGGAUGAUGUUGAGAUAGGACCUAAUUGGUGUAUUGUCGAAAAGCUACCUGAUAUGCACAUGGAGAGGAUACUAGAAGACCAUGAAUACAUCUUGCAGACCGUACUGGACUGGUCAAGAGAAAUUGAAAAUAACAUGCUAGUUUUUUUAAAUAGAAGAGAUAAAUACAUACUGUUCAGAAAUCCACAGAACUUCUUACUUUCGUCAGAUCUUCAUUCGAGCGCUGAUACAAAAUUUGCUGAAAAAAGUAAAGAUAUCCUGCUAAGCGAAUUCUUCACCAAAGAAACGACACAAAUUCCCCACCUGGAGGGAGUGCUUUGGUUACGCGAGGGUACGAAAAAGUGGACGAAACAUUUCUUUGCACUACGAGCAUCUGGCAUUUAUUACACACCAAAAGGAAAGCAAAAAUCCCGUGACUUAUCAUGCUUGGUUAAGUUCGAAUUAACAAAUAUUUACCUUGGAGUCAGUUUCAAGAAGAAGUUUAAGUCACCAACCGAUUAUGUGUUUUGUAUUAAGCACCCGAAGAUUCAAACAAUCAAAUCGAAACAUAUUUUUUGUUUCUGUGCUGAGGACAGUAAAAUGUUGUACCAAUGGAUGGUCGGCUGUAGAAUGGCCAAGUAUGGCUACAACAUGUUUGAAGAUUAUAUAAAGACUCAAGAAGAAGUUGAGAGCGUAUUAUUAGCAGGUAGCAGAAGCACACUGACGUCAAAUGGAACGUCGGCCGCGUCAACUAGCACGUCGUCAGGUUUUGUGUCGACUUCAUCUUCAAGCGCAAGUUUACCAACCACUGUUCUUGAGAAGAAAACAGAUCGAUACAAGACUGCCACGAAGACAGCUUUGAAAAAUGCUGAAGGUGAAGUGAAGCGUGUCAAAGGAAAACAAAAUUCUUUGGGUGAUAUAUUUUCCACUGCAUGGAGUAAAGGAGUGGAUGAACAAGCUACUGGCGUUCCGGACAUUAUGAGUCCAACCAGUCCAGUACCUGCUACUCCGAUGACUGCGAGUAUCAUGUCACCGCCUAUUCAACCAAGAACAUUCGAUAUUUCUAACCGAGCGAUGUCGCAUUUAGUUCCCAAUAAAAUAAAUGAUAAAAAUGAACCGUCUGCUAAAUUAACGUUAGAACCAGCGCCUUUGGGAAGGAGAGCUAGCGGCAAGUCAAAAUCAACUGAAGAAUUAUCAUCACUUGAAGGGUUGCCGCCAUCGGACGAAUUACCGCCUCCCCCUGACGACUUUGAACUUCCGUCACCUCCUUCUGUAGAUUGCUCGAAUCUCACUGUUUCUGCUACAGAUAGACGCCCAUCACCUGGCUUUGCAUCACCACCACCAACUGUUUCAAAUUCUAAAAUCGUUCCACUGCCAUCACCGCCGUCGACGUCCAAUAACGUUACGCCACUGCGACCAAUAGGUGGCGUACCAGUUCCGCCACCUCCACCUUCGAUACCAGCCACAAGUUCUGGACCUCCACAGCCACCGCCGUUGAACUCCAAACCAAACCGGAAUGCACCACCACCACCUCCAUUAUUGGAUGCGAAGCCAGGAAGAAGUGUUCCACCGCCCGCUCCACCAAUCAGAACAAGUAGUAUCAGUGAAAAAACACAUUGAGAAGUUGUUUGGUAAUUCUUUUCAAAUGAGGAUGUCCUCAGAAAUUAAAAAGCCCUGUCGAAAAGCUGGUUACCUGUUGGAUGAACAUUUAUAUGUCAAUCCAACAGCUACGCAUUGAUGCAUUAUCAUCAAGCUUGUCGCCUUCCUCGCAGACUCAGCUUUUAUCAUCUGACCUUUAUAUUUUAACAUCGUUGACUGAAUAAAAAUAAAAAUUAGUUGUCAGCUAUUUUUUCCUUUUCUGCAUGCCUUAUUAUUUAAGGGCGGUGUAAACCGAUCAUACAUUUGAAAGUUCAUUCAUUUAAAAUUUGAAAAUGGAAGAGCAAACA